CUUUGCGAGAUGCUCAUCCAUCGCAAACGCAGCGCGAAGGCUUUGCCGUUACCAUAUGGGAGGAACUCGGGGGUAUGCAAUCACUGGAAAAAUCGGGCAUUGCCAAGUGUAUUUUGCCUUCAGAAAGCGGAUCGGGCAGAAUUGGAGGGAAUUUUACCGAAAGCAGCCAAAACAGCAAUUACCAAGCGGGGAGAGGGUAAAAAAGAGCAGUUUUGCAGCUCCGCCAGGUCUGAAUCUGAAAAAAGAUUGCGGCAUUUUCGGCAAGGGCCGGUGGUGUGAUGCGUUUUAUAGCGGAAAAUGCGUCACCUCCGGGCAGCUCCAGCCGCUUGAAAAUUGAAAAAAAGCGCUGAAAAAAUGCAAUUUUUCGCAGCAUACAAGCGGCCGACAAAAUUUACCGAUUUUCUGCAGUCCCCGGAAGCCGCUUGGUAAUUGAAAAUGGCAUUUUUUUGUGAAAAAGCAGAAGCCGCUUGAAAAUUGCCGCUCAAGGGCGGUUUUUCAAAUUGUCACGCGGCCCAUACCGUCGAGAUUGGACGAAAAAAAGCAGCCAUCAAGCCUGCGGAGGUGUGUCCACCCCCCACGGUUUUCGACCUCUCUGAGGGUCGCAAAUUGAAACCCUCCCCCCGCUUAGAAAUGCCCGAUUUGGGUGGCCCAAAAGGGCUGCCGGAAAUGAAGGAAAUGGUCCAACUUUUUGAAGUUUCUGCAUUUUACCUGGCCAGCGUGCCGCCGUGCAUAACUUCAUGCGCGACGGCACAGUGGCCUUCAGAAAAGGCUAUGCUUUUCAAGAGGCAUCGAAAGGAUGCCCCACUGCGAAGUAGCAGACCGGAUUUCGCAUUCAAUGCUUAUCGCAGGAGCCUG